AAAAAAAAAACAUGGCGGCGAUGUAGGAGAGCAUUAUUGCCUGAGUACCGAAGCGUUUUCUGUAUUUAAACCAAAUAUCGCUAAGGUUUUCCACUAUUUCAACCAAGUUAUGAAUACUGGAGCGGUAUUGUUUAUAGAAGGUAAAAUAAGUCAUGACCGACAAGAGAAACAUCGGCGUGCGCCAGAUAUCAGAUGCGAGAGAAAGUCGGAGCAGAACUUCCAAAGUUUCCCAGACCAAAAUGAAAACAAAGAGACGAGUGAUAGGACUCAAACAGUCCCAGUCUCCGUCUUGUCACGCUUCAUAUAACUGUCGCAAAGAUUUUACCACCCCAAAACGCAGACCAAGAAUCAGAUUGAAUGGUUGUUACGGUGAAGAUUCGCCUAAUGAGACUGAAUCCCCACAAGACAUUAUCUGGGAUACCAACUCACCGUCUCAGAACUUGAAUGGACAUGGGGAUGGGAGAGUCAUUGAAAUAUCGGAGAUUGUCAGUAGAAUUGCACCAAAAGUUAAGAAGACAAAUGAAGGGGACUCAGUGCUCCAGUGGAUUGGAGACGGUGCCAUACCCUGCACUCCAGAGAUCAGACAGCCCAGAGUCCGGAGGAUCUCCGCACGGCAGAGCAAUGUUGAAGACCUCAUGAAACUUGCCAAGCAGUUUGACAUCAAUAUGACUCGUCAGGACAAAGAGAAACAACAGGAGAGCACAGAAAGAAGAAAUAAACUCAAUAAGCCACAAAGUGACUGUAAAACGGCAACGGAAAGAUCUACAUCUGUCAAAGUCUCCUCCGAACAACUGACCAGCCGCUCAACCCAAGCCCGACAGGAAGAGGCGGAGCUUCAGGCGUUGUUUGACGGUCCCACUCAGCAUGUAAGUGGAAGGCUGAGCCCACCGUCAGUAAACUGCACACCAGAAAGCAAAACUGAGCCAGCAGGACAAAAGUCAAGUUCUGCAGCAAUCAAGAACGUUCACGUAGAUGCACCUAAAACCACAAAGCUGGACUUUGAUGAUGACUGGGAAAACGACGACCUUCUGAAUGACUCGUUUGUGUUGGAAAUGACGCAGAACCCAGUACCUUUGAAUGUAGCUCAGAAACCGAGCACUGCUCAGCCAGAGUCUUGCUCCAGCGGGUGUAAUUUUGUAGCCAAAAGCACCAGCAAAACCAGCACCUUUACCAAGACACUUCCUGAAGUCAAAACAUCUAAUCAAAGCACUUUUAGGUCGAAGCCUCCAGCUUCUGCCCAGAAUCAUACUACUGAUAAGCUGCUGAAGACCUCACCUGUGGACCAAGUGAAGCAGAGCAUACGUUCAUCCCAGACUAAAAGGCAAGUUCAGCUUGAAAGUAAGACCAAGGACUCUGGAGUUUCAAGUCAGGCUUCUUCUGCUAAGUUUGAUGGGGUUUCGGAGGAGGACAUGAAGUCUCUGUUUGAUUCCGAUGGUCUGUGGAACGACGAUGCAGACGAUGAUCUGCUAUUUCAGGCUUGCGACGAUGUGGAGAAGCUAUCGGCCAGUCAGCAGCAACAAAGACGCAACGAGGAGUACAAAAAACGUGCACAUGACAAAUCAAGAAGCUUUGCUUCUGAAGCACCUUCCGCUUCUGACACAACGGCCAUCGACAAUAAGAGCCAACCACAAGAACCCACAAAGCCCAUGCGCAUCUUCGCUCGCUCAAAUUCAGUACCAUGUGCAAAUAGCAGUUCUGGACUUAAACAGGGACAGAGCGUGUUACCGGCAAAUAAAAGUUCCAGCUCUGGAUUGGGAAGCCGUAGUGAACAGUGCUAUGGUCAUGCACAAGGGAAAAGUGUUUUAGGAUCCCUGCCUGGUUCUGUCAGAGCCACGGACACGUCUCAGGCUGUUAGGCCACACGGCGCAACUGUAGGAAAUACUUCUAACUCCCACCAUUACACCUUCAAAAGACAUCUGUCUGACUCCAUGACGCUCUCCAACAAAGUUUUUAUUUCGUCCCGCGCCACAGCCAAAUGUUCGGCCGCUGAGAUCGAGAGGAAAAAACAGGAAGCGAUUGCGAGGAGGAGAUUACGGAUGCAGGCUAGCCAAAAAAACGGAGCACCUACAUAGAAGACCACAGAGGAGCCUGCACUGUACUGUAUGCCGCGGAUGCUUUGGGCUCUAAAAGACUGAGUUACGUAAUUAUGAAACUGGAACAAUUGCAAUGAAGGCUGAGAAACGUAUCACUAUAUGCUAAUUAAGAGUUCAACACUAAUGUUUCUGUUUGAAGAAGAUGUUACUUGAAGAUUUCUCAUGCUUUUCCGAAUAAUGUUCUGCAGUGUUAUAUCUGUCUAACUGCCAAACUAAAUGACUGGAGUUACAAAAAAAGCAAUUUCUAGCAUAUUACGGUUCCGUUAUUACAACCAAGUAUUGUCAGUAAAAUGAAUGGCAGAUGUCUGCAAGGCUCUUUUUUUGGCUUUCAGCAUUUGAUGAGGCAUUUCUCAAACGUCAGAAAAGGGCUUUGAAUUAUGUCUAACAAAUGCGAGGUCACUUUCAACUCGAGUCUGCUCUCUUGAUUCUAGUGUUUACAGCUUAAAAAAAUAUACUUGAAUGUUUGUAAAUCAAGCAAGCUAAAGGUCCUGGAGAUCGUUCGUUUUUUUUUAUUCGUCGUCCUUAUGUUCCGUUCUUCUGUCGUCGCAGUAUUAAAAGAAGCGAACAAAUGGAAACGCACAUGUGACAUUGUAUAUCGUUGCUUUGAAAAAUCUCUAUUAAAGCAUUUUGAACGUUUACCGACUGCAAUCUCUGGGUCCCUGUCAGUUCUUAAUAACGUAAUGACAUAAUUGCAUCCAGAAAUAGCAGUUCUAAACCUCAUUCAUAACAAAUUACCUUCUUAAUGUCUAAUGCUCUUGAAUAUAAUCUUUUGAAAAUGACAUUUUCGA